AUGCCUGCCUUCGCGCCUCCUCCGCUGCUCUUCCUGCUGCUGUUGGCGUCCGUGGCCCUGCAGCGCUCCGACCUGCGUCUGGCCUACGUCACCCGCGACAGCUUCUUCUACUACUCCUGCGGCCGGGACCCCCCGCCGUGCAGCGUCUCGUCCCUGGGCGACUGCCGCUGCAGGGACGUGCAGCUGGCCGCGCUGCGCCGGCCGCAGUCGCACUCCUCGCCCGUGUUCCGCAUGCGGCGCUUGACCGUGUGGUUCACGUCGCCGCUCAACCUGGCGCUGCUCCUGAACAACUCCGAGGUGAGGCACCUCACCCUGAUCCACUGUGGCGCGGGCGGGGCCCCCUCCUCUUUCCUGGAGGGGUACUUCGCCGUGCAGCACCUGGAGCGGCUCACGGUGGUCAACCUGCAGCAGAGGCCCGGAAACCGCUGGCCAGAUGUGCACAAAGCCAAGAGCACGGACUCAAACAUGGACAAUGCUCACCUAGAUUCUUACAGGCGGAACCGAGACACCAACCUGGAUCUUUUUGCCGGCACGAGGAGCGACUCCGCCGGCUCCACCUCACCGCAGGUGCAGGACAUCUACCUGGGCAGGGAGCUGGGAGCAGCGUAUCACGAACAGGCGCGACUGGGGAUCAUCCACAGCUCUGUGCUGGAGUGGGGAGCCGUGGUCAAAGCCUACACUGUGCAGACGCACAUAGACAGCGACGGCGAGCUGCCCUUUCCUGACCUCCACCUGCUGAAAUUACCGGCAACGUCCGUCAUAUAUGUCAGCUUCGUGUACUGAGUUGCCUUUGAGGAGCUGAGUGUUUUCCUCCACAGGGAGUUUGAACUGUGGCUUGAUUGUUGAGAGUUUAUUUCAUCCAAACUUCCGUUUUAUAUAUUAUCUAAAAAUAAUGAAGGAACAGGAGACAGAAUAACAACUACUACACAAUGUAAGGAUGUAGUGUCUUUAAAAAAAAGCUGCUGUCUGAAUAAAUACAGUGCGACCACUAGAGGGCAGCAGAUACCAUGACUAGAAAACGGAGACCAACGUGUAACUAAAACCACGUUGACAAAAAGGACUCGACGUUGUGCGUUCUGCUUUUAAAGUUGCUUUAACGCACCUCUGCACUUUAAAGGCUUGUGACGAUGCUGUGUAUAAGGUGGAGGUGCUGCUAGAAAGGUAUUCGAGUAUGGCGAGGUAUUUUUUUGUUAAUAAGCACGUGUCGUUGCUUACGUUUGUUACAAACACAUACAAAAAUAAAUCACCUGCCCUCGCUAAUGA